GGGAGGCGCUGUAUAUUCCGCGAAGGGCAAUUUGUCCCCAACGGCUUCCCGUCCGUCACGUCUCAUCCCGGAAGUUUUACCUCUCGGGCUCCUGACACGUAGCAGCCGCAAACAAGUUGGCAUCACUCUGUGCGGACUCGUCCACCAUCGCAGACUGAGAGAUGUCGGGGUUUGACAACUUCAACACAGACUUCUACCAGUCGAGCUACAGUGUAGACGACCAAGGCCAGCCCACCCAAGGAUACAGCAACGCUGAAAACCCCUACAACAAGCCAUAUGGACAGUACGACUACUCCCAGCCCAUGGCCUACUCUUCCCCUGGGAUGAUGGCGCCUCAGCAGCCGUACACAGGACAAAUCUUCCAGCCCACACAGACCUACACCCCAUCACCGGCGCAGUCCAUGUACAGUAGCGGCUUCGAUGAUGAGCCACCGCUGCUAGAAGAAUUAGGAAUCAACUUUGACCACAUCUGGCAGAAGACUCUGACGGUGCUCCAUCCGUUGAAAGUAGCAGACGGCAGCAUCAUGAAUGAGACGGACCUGGCUGGGCCCAUGGUCUUCUGUUUGGCCUUUGGCGCGACACUCCUCUUGGCUGGUAAGAUCCAGUUUGGCUAUGUUUACGGUAUCAGUGCAAUUGGCUGCCUCGGCGUCUACUGUCUACUCAACCUCAUGAGUAUGACGGGCGUCUCCUUCGGCUGUGUGGCCAGCGUGCUGGGAUACUGCCUCCUCCCCAUGAUCCUCCUCUCCAGUUUUGGAGUUCUCUUGUCUUUACAGGGAAUGAUUGGAAUUGUACUGACAGCAGCAAUUAUCGGCUGGUGCAGCUUCUCGGCUUCAAAGAUCUUCAUCUCGGCGUUGGCCAUGGAUGGGCAGCAGCUGUUGGUGGCUUACCCCUGCGCUCUCUUAUAUGGGGUUUUUGCACUCAUCUCUGUCUUCUAAAAAAAGAAAGAAAAGAAAAAAGAAGUAAUGGUUUAAAAUAACCGCUCUCAAGUUUCUGUAAUAUCAGUCUAAUUAGCGUCUGUGUAAUUAUUGUAAUUAUUGGCUAAUUACAGUGUUAUUACAGAAAUAGGAGCUGCUGUCUAAAAUGGCACCAAGAUUUUUUUUCUUUUGUCUUUUAUGAACCUCCACCUCUCACCACGUUCCAACUUGACCUUCUGAUAGCUGGAGUGCAUCGUCUCACCCAAUGUCUUCUUUUCACCCUGCUCUCUUCAUGCAUCUUAAAGGAGUGGUCUGUCAAAUAAACCUGGUGACAAAUAAUUCUCCUGUGGACGGUGUUGGCCCUAAAAACGAACCUUUCGGUUUCGAUGAUUUUUAAGGACAUGAAAGGGCAGGAAGUAAAUCAAGUUCCUCACUCAAUUGAAACCCAGAGGAUGCAGUUUAAUUUGGGCACGGAUGUGACAGGGUCCUUAGUUUCCAAGAAGGACCGAUGACCAACCCUCAGCUAACCCUGCUGGUUAGUUUGGAGCCAGUGGAAAUGCCAUGUAUACAUUUUUUGCUAAAGCUGUUGUGACUAAGGGAAGCACCCAUUGUCCAUUCUGCGCAAGACCACAGCAGCUCAUUCUGCUUCUCCACCCUAAAAGGACAAAGGGGGGAAAAAGGGGGUGUGAGGGUGUCUCCCACUCAAUAUCUUUUCUCCAGGACACAGGAGCCAUGAAUCCCAUUGUGUGCUCAUCACAGCAGUGAUAUCUGAUCUUAAAUGUCAAAUCAGCAGCUCUGCUUUAUCUUCUCAUGUAUUGUUUUAUGUUCUCUUGAGAUUAAUGUUUCGUUUUGAUGCCUUUCAGGAAGACAGAAAUACAGAUAGCACAUGAACCUAAUAUUCAUAACCAAACAAACUGAUAUGAUUCUAGAAUGAAUAGUUUGAGGGAGUCUGUAUAUGUCUAUGUGCAGACAUAUAGGGUGUUGCUAGUUUGCGGACAUUUCUUAAAUCUUUAUUUAAGAGUUGGCUCACAUUGUAUGCUUUGAUGUGUCAUCUGUUGUUCAUGUCUACACGUACAUUAAAGUUCUCUUUGAAGGUUA